AUGGGACAUUUACAAACUAGCAAUCUUCCAUAUGGUGAUGGAUCUCAUAAGAUUUUUGGCAUGGAGAACUUUGGAAACACAUGCUAUUGUAAUUCCAUUCUCCAGUGCUUGUAUUACACCGAAAAUUUUAGAACUCAAUUAAUCCAACACAAUCUGACAAAGCAUGAACCAAAAUUAAUUGUCGCCGGUUAUAAGCCUCACAACUUUACAUCAAAGUAUGAACAAUUAGUGCAAAAGAAGUUGAAGGAACAAGGUGGGAAGUCAACAUCAAUCUCCUCCCCAACUCAAGACGAGCGUCCAAAACCUGCAAGUAGAAGAGGUUCACUUUUUGGUCUCAAGUUUAAUAACAACAAUUCAUCUGCUAGUGCAGUUGCUUCAGGGAAUUCUACUUCUAUAUCUGUGGUGAUUGAAGACCCCAAAAAGAAGUAUGGCAAGUAUAUUUCACUUGCAAAGGAUUGCGAAGCUUUGUCGUUGGAACAAAGGAUCAAAAUUUGUAAGUCACCCGAGUUUCAAAAAUUGGACAUUCUUAUCACUAGACCGAUAGAUACCCAGGCCAAUAAGGAGUCAUCAUCAGACAAAGAUGACAGAAAUGACUAUUCCCAAAGUUCGUCAAUGUUACUCAAUGAUCAACCACAACAGACAACACAAGAAGGAUCAAUCAGUACAACUUCUAGUGCAAUUAUUGUUGGCAUACCUCACCCUGAAUCCAACUUAGCAGUUCCCAUCAAUCCAUUUAAUGCCAAUCCAAGUGGUGAUCAAAGAAAGAGAUCAGCUUUGAUUAAUGGACCUAUCAUCAACCUCGAUCUACCAUUACAAACACCAAGUGAAAUCAACGAGGAUACAGCAUUAUUAUAUGCUUUGCGAGAUUUAUUUGAAAGUAUGGUUGAAAACAAGUCAACUAUUGGUGUUGUUUCUCCAAGUUAUUUUAUUCAAAAGCUUAAGGAAAAGAAUUUUCUUUUCCGUCAAAACAACAUGCAUCAUGAUGCUCAUGAGUUUUUCAAUUAUUUGAUCAAUGAAAUUAUUGAAAGUGUCAACAAAGAAGACAAGGGAGAUGGAAUUAACUGGUGUAGUGAUAUUUUCCGUGGAUUGAUCACCAAUGAAACUAAAUGCUUGUCAUGUGAGACAGUUACUUCGAAGCAAGAAUUAUUCUUAGACUUGUCAGUUGAUAUACCUCCUGGUGAAAGUAGUUUUUCCUUGACUUAUGCAUUGAACAACUUUUCCAAGUCUGAAACCUUGACAAAUCAAAACAAGUUUUAUUGUAACACUUGUUCGUCGUUACAAGAAGCAGUGAAAACCAUCAAGCUUAAGAAACUACCAAAAGUGUUGGUAAUAAAUCUUAAGAGAUUCAAGUAUGAUGAAGAAAUGGAUAAAAUGGUGAAGCUUUUUGAUUCAAUCAGUUAUCCAUUCAAGUUGCGUUUGUUUAACACUACCGAUGAUGAAUCUUUACAAGACCAGUUAUAUGAAUUAUAUGCAUUAGUGAUCCACAUUGGAGGAGGCCCAAUGCAUGGACAUUAUGUUUCCAUUUGUAAAAUAAAGGCAGGACUAUGGUUGUUGUUUGAUGACGAGACAGUGGAAUUGGUUGAAGAUUCAUAUGUAAUGAGAUUUUUUGGCGAUGGCCCAGGUUUGGCAAGUGCUUAUAUUUUAUUCUACAGACAAGGAAACUACAAUACUGAGUUUGGAUUUGACACUGAAGAUAUAUACAAUGGUGCUGAUGAAUGCUCGAUGAAACACGGGGAAGAUGAAUCAAGUACACUUGCUACUUCGGUCAAUAAUAAUGAUCAAAUCGACCCAAUUUCGGAUGCGUCGUCGAUUACUUCAUUCAACGCUUCUGAAGCAAGCAAGAGACCAGGGUUACUCAAGAGUUUUACAUUUGAUAAAGAGGAGAAAUUCCAAAAUCCACUUUCAAGAACAACCAGUCGUGGCCAUAUGCCAACUCCACCACCAGCAGCAGUUGUUACUGGACCAUUGGACGUUCCUGAGCCAUAUAUUCCUCAACAACAACAACAACAGCAACAGCAACAGCAGCAACAACAAGGUUUCCCAUUGGCUCCAUCCAAAGAGGUCAAAGAGAAGAAAUCAUGGGUUGGAAGUUUAAAGAGAAGAAAAGAUGAAUCAGGUAGUUCCAACAAUUCCGGUGCUCCUCCAAUUGAAAGAAAAGCGUCAACAAGUAGUGCUGUUUCUGGUAGUGAAAGAAGAAGAAGUAUAUUUGGAUUUAAACGAAAGUAA